AAAACCGCAGCGGCCCGCAGCAAGAGAUCAGACCACUCUUUCUCUCUCUCUCCUUCUCGAUCGUGGUGGGAAGGAUCUGGUGGUGUCUCGAAUUUCAAUAGUCGUUUAGUUUCUUCUGGAACUUCCCCUAAGUUUUCUUGAUUUCGAGAGCUGUGGAUUAGUCUUCAAUCGGAGGUAUAUGGUUGGUUUGAGUUUGAUUUCUUCUGUUCCUUCUGGUUUGUUCUUUUGUUGGAAAAAGGUGGGGUUUUUUUUUUUUAUCAUGCUCUGAUUCGAUUCCUUGCCGAAAUUCUCGAAAUUUUAUCCAUUUUGUGAUUUCUUGCUCUUGAUCCUUUCCUUUCUUAGUUUGGCCUUCUUACUUGCGUGAUUCUUUGAACCCUAACUCUUCCGAGACGGAACGCCUCUUGGAUCCUUAUCCCCUGUUCUUCCUAUGGUUUUCCCGUCUCAGAAAGCACAAAAAAUCAUGAAAACCCCCUACCUGGGCUUUCCUGACCGGAAUUCUUGCUUGUAUCAACUGACUUUAGUAACAAAAAGAGGAAAAAAGGGGAACUUGGUGCUUCCUUGUUGAGCUUUGCUAGGCUUUGGAUAAGAAAAAACCCAUCUUGGAACUCCCCUUUUAUAAAUCCUGACUCUCCUGAAUUCCUUAUUUGGGCUUUCGAUCUCAUAGACUUAGAUCGUCAGCAGCAAUGGUGUCGAAAUCCUACACCAAUCUGCUGGAGGUGGCCUCCGGCGAGUCCCCAUCCCUUGGCCGAAUCGGCCGCCGCAUCCCUCGGGUUGUGACGGCCCCCGGUAUAGUCCCCGACCUAGAUGAAUCCGAUGACGCUGCUUCCAAUUCGUCGUCGGAACUGGCUUCCCCAUCGCCCCGUGACCGCACAAUCAUUGUAGCCAAUCAGCUCCCAAUUCGUGCUGCCCGCCAGCCCGAAGGUGGGGGCUGGUCCUUCACCUGGGACCAGGAUUCCAUCCUCCACCAGGUCAAGGACAGUAUAGGUGACCAUAAUGACAUGGAAUUCAUCUAUAUCGGCUCCCUCCGGGAGGAGAUCCCACUUUCCGAGCAGGAUGAGGUUGCCAAAAUCCUUCUCGAGACCUUCAAUUGUGUGCCAGCCUUCCUCCCUGCCGACCUCCUAUCCCGGUUCUAUCAUGGCUUCUGCAAGCAGCAGUUGUGGCCCCUCUUCCACUACAUGCUUCCCCUCUCCCCUGACCUUGGCGGCCGCUUCGACCGUAGCCUAUGGCAAGCUUAUGUUUCGGUUAACAAGAUCUUUGCAGAUAAGAUUCUUGAGGUGAUCAACCCAGAUGAUGAUUUUGUAUGGGUCCAUGAUUACCACCUCAUGAUCCUCCCCACCUUCCUCAGGAAGCGUUUCAAUCGGGUGAAGCUCGGCUUUUUCCUCCACAGUCCCUUUCCUUCGUCCGAAAUCUACAGGACGCUGCCUGUAAGGGAAGAACUCCUGAGAUCCCUCCUGAAUUCCGAUCUAAUUGGGUUUCACACUUUCGAUUAUGCCCGCCAUUUCUUGUCAUGCUGUAGUAGGAUGCUUGGUCUGACCUACGAAUCGAAGCGGGGUUACAUUGGGCUAGAGUAUUAUGGUCGGACUGUCAGUAUCAAGAUACUUCCAGUUGGAAUUCAUAUGGGCCAGCUCGGUUCUGUGUUGAGCCUUCCGGAGACUGAGGUGAAGGUUGCUGAGCUUAUCAAGCAGUUUUGUGAUCGAGAUCGGAUAAUGCUGCUUGGAGUUGACGACAUGGAUAUAUUUAAGGGGAUUAGCUUAAAGCUGCUGGCUUUUGAGCAACUCCUCAUGCAGCAUGAAGAGUGGAGGGGCAGGGUGGUUUUGGUGCAGAUCGCCAAUCCUGCGAGGGGGCGAGGGAAGGACGUGAAGGAAGUCCAGACAGAGAGCAAUGCAAUGGUAAAACGGAUUAAUGAGGCCUUUGGCCAGCCUGGGUACAAACCAGUUAUCUUGAUUGAUAAGCCUCUCCAGUUUUACGAAAGAAUGGCUUACUAUGUGGUGGCGGAGUGCUGUUUGGUGACAGCGGUGAGGGAUGGUAUGAAUCUUAUCCCUUACGAGUAUGUCAUUGCUCGGCAGGGGAAUGAAAACUUGAAUAAAGUCUUGCACAUCAGCUCAUCGACCCUGAAGAAGAGCAUGUUGGUGGUUUCAGAGUUCAUAGGGUGCUCGCCCUCUUUGAGUGGUGCCAUCCGAGUGAACCCAUGGAAUAUUGAUGCAGUGACCGAUUCAAUGGUCUCUGCCUUGGAAAUGGCUGAGGGAGAGAAGCAGUUGCGGCACGAGAAGCACUACAGGUAUGUAAGCACGCAUGACGUCGGCUACUGGGCAAACAGUUUUCUGCAGGACUUGCGAAGGACCUGUAGGGAUCAUAGCAGGAGGAGGUGCUGGGGUAUUGGGUUUGGGUUGGGAUUUAGAGUUGUGGCCCUCGAUCCUAACUUCAGGAAGCUUGCAAUGGAGCAUAUUGUUUCAGCAUACAGGAGAACUAGAACCCGUGCCAUUCUUUUAGACUAUGAUGGUACUUUGAUGCCACAGGCAUCCAUCAAGAAGAGCCCAUGCCCCAAGUCUAUUGAAAUAUUAAACACCUUGUGUCGUGACAAAAACAACACCGUUUUUCUGGUUAGUGCGAGAAGUCGAGGCAAGCUAAGUGAGUGGUUUUCUCCUUGUGAGAAUCUGGGAAUGGCUGCAGAGCAUGGCUACUUUUUGAGGCUAAGGAGAGAUGCUGAUUGGCAAACAUGUGUUCCUGUGACGGAUUGUAGCUGGAAACAAAUUGCAGAGCCUGUUAUGAGGCUGUACACUGAAACAACUGACGGUUCAACCAUUGAAGACAAAGAGACUGCACUUGUCUGGUGUUAUGAGGAUGCCGAUCCUGAUUUUGGAUCUUGUCAAGCCAAGGAACUUCUCGACCAUCUUGAAAGUGUCCUUGCCAAUGAACCUGUUUCUGUGAAGAGUGGAACAAACAAUGUUGAGGUGAAACCACAGGGUGUGAACAAGGGCGUUGUAGCUGAGCGCCUGCUUUCCACCAUGCAGGAGAGAGGAUUGUUGGCGGACUUCGUUCUUUGUAUUGGUGAUGACCGGUCUGAUGAGGAUAUGUUUGAAGUGAUCAGCACUGCUACAACUGGGCCAUGUCUAGCCCCUAACGCCGAAGUGUUUGCUUGCACAGUUGGUCGUAAGCCGAGCAAAGCCAAAUAUUAUCUUGAUGAUACAGCAGAGAUUUUUAGGUUGAUGCAAGGCCUGGCUUUUGUUUCACAACAAGCCCCUGGGAGUUCCCUUCCUAUCUAAACCAGUGCCUUGCAAAAUGAAGACUGCAAGAUUCCUACUGCAUCUGCCUGAACCAGAAAUUUUAUAUCUUGAGGCAUGGAAGAAAGGGAGAUGUAAGCUUCAAUAACUCCUCUGCUAGCUAAUUUGUCGGCUGGUUGAUUAGCCUUCCCUAAAUGCAUGGGAGGGAAGAAAUGGCUCCUGAUUUGCAACACAUUUGAGUGAUAUCUGAAAGAUGGGGUUCUUUGGAAGCAACCUGAACCUGAACCUUGCCCCUUGACAGAUGAAAGUGAUGGUGGUGGUCAGCAUCCUGUAUAGGUUAUAUGAAGUAAAGGGAAUAAGUGGAUAGCUGAUGCAGGCCAGAAGCAGGCUAGGAUAGGGCAGCAUGUCAAGUUCUCUCUGCUAACUUUUUGUUUCCUGACCUUGAAACUGUACAGAGUUGAGACCAAUUGGAGGAUAUCAAAUCUCUUUUCUCAUUCUUUUUUCUGGUGAAUACUAAAAAGUGUGAGUUUCAAGGGAAAAAGUUGUAAGGAACUUAAAGAAGCAGAUAUAUUGAUUUAAUGCAA